AGGGGUUUGAUGUGGUCACUGGGGCACCGGGCGAGAGAGGUCUCCUUUCAACUUUGUCUUGCGGCUUGCACCCCGGGAGGAGGCCACAUGCCGAUUGUGGGGUGUAGAUGUGCCGGGAGUGAUUUCUAAGUAGUUGAGUUGUUGAGAUGAGGGUACGACGGCUAGUGGUAGGCAGGUUUUGUUUUCGUGGGUGAAUCCGGUGUCAUCAUAUUCCGGUCAUAUGUUGAAAUAUUCUUUGUUUAGGUUUUGAAGUAGAGGAUCUCCCUCUGCACGUCCACAUUGUGUUGUUUUUAAAUGAUGUCUCCGGGAGUAUGGGUUUCUAGAAUCACAAAUGUGAUUUUAAGGUCUCGGCGUGUGUGGGCCUCAGCACUGGCCUUGACAGUGAACUUUACGGCUGUGUUUUUGAACUUCUAAGAUUUUAUCCCAUAGCUGGGAUGCUAGUUAUGAGCUUUCUUAAUGAUAGAUAUCAGGAAUGUAGAGUCUUGAGCUGAGGAAGUUAGAGAGGGAAGGGCAUAUAUUUAUUAAUAAUUGAUAGCUGAAUGUUAGAAUGAGAUUCAUUUGGGCUGCUUGAAGGUUUUUGGUUUUGUUUUUCUUUUUGUUCCCUUUUUUUUUUCUUUAAAGCUGUUCUGUACUCUAGGAAGCCUUUUGGCAGGCACUCUUUAUGGUGGUUCUUUGGGGCCCGGAGGGGGUGGGCGGGCAUCACCUUCUCAGAGAUCUUCAGCAUCAUCUGUGGCUUUAUUGAAGGCCUGCUCAGGAGGCUGGUGUUGAGGCUAAGAAGUGUAAGGCUACUUUUCAGAAAAGUAUUUAUGUUACUUGUUUACAUUUCAUAUUUCCUCACAUUUGGGCAGUAGAAAUAAAUAGGUCAGCGUUCCUAUUGGUUUUUGAAGGUUAGCGCCCCCCCCUUCAGCCCCCUUUCAAAGUUUUACCAUCUACUUGGUUUACAGCCUUGUAGGAAAACAUUACUGAUUUUUCCCUGGGAAUACUGUUACUUAUUUUAAUUUCGCCAUUUUUAACUUAAGUUUUUGGACAACUCACAGAGGUUUAAGGUGGUCACACUUUGGACGCAGGCAAAUCCUUAUGGAGCUGGAAGAAUAAUACAUUGCGAAGACACCUGCCUGGGCCAUAUUUGGUUGUAAAGGGAUUAAAAGUGAUGGAUGGGACACCGUUUCCUUUGAUUUUCAAUGGCCUACCCUUUUUCCUGUUCAAUUAUCUGGAAGGAGCUGCUUCAGAAACACUCUUCUGCUUACAAGAAGAUCUCUAGCACUAUCCAGCAGGAGGUGCUACAACAAGUUAAAGGGGAUCUCUUAAUUUUGAGGGUCUUAUUGAAGUUCUCUUCUUAUUGAAGUUCUCUUAGCUCAGCUAAGCAACAGGAGUAACGUUCCAGGAAGAUUUUGAGGGACUAGAGAGCUGAAGGAGAGCCAGCUUCUCCAGAAUUGGACUUCUCAGAACCUUUAAUAUGCUAAUGUGCAUUGUGAAUCUCCAAGAUGGGGAUGUGACAUGCAGCAUUCUUGAAUACUUCUAAUGACAGGGAGCCCACUACCUCAUAAGCUGCAGCAACAAGAGGAGCUUGUAAUUUUAAACGGAGGCUGAAGACACUGUAGAAUUAGCAAGACAUAAGAGAGCGUGGAGAAGGCAGAGGAUGGAGUUGCAGACUCUACAGGAGGCUCUCAAAGUGGAAAUUCAGGUUCACCAGAAACUGGUUGCUCAAAUGAAGCAGGAUCCGCAGAUAUUUUUUCUUUCCAAUCAGAAUGCUGACUUAAAGAAACAGCUUCAUGAACUCCAAGCCAAAAUCACAGCUUUGAGUGAGAAACAGAAAAGAGUAGUUGAACAGCUGCGGAAGAACCUGAUAGUCAAGCAAGAGCAGCCGGACAAGUUCCAGAUACAGCCAUUGUCACAGUCUGAAAACAAACUACAAACAGCACAGCAGCAGCCACUACAGCCACUGCAGCAGCAGCAGCAGCAGCAGCAACAGCAGCAGCCACAGCAGCAGCAGCAGCAGCAGCAGCAGCAGCAGCAGCACGCCCAGCAGUCAGCAGCACCACCUAGUCUGACUGCAUCACAGAAGACUGUAACUACAGCUUCUAUGAUUACCACAAAGACACUACCUCUCGUCUUGAAAGCAGCAACUGCGACCAUGCCUGCCUCUGUUGUGGGCCAGAGACCUACCAUUGCUAUGGUGACCGCCAUCAACAGCCAGAAGGCUGUGCUCAGCACUGAUGUGCAGAACACACCAGUCAACCUCCAGACGUCUAGUAAGGUCACUGGGCCUGGGGCAGAGGCUGUCCAAAUUGUGGCAAAAAACACAGUCACUCUGCAGGUUCAAGCAACACCUCCUCAGCCCAUCAAAGUACCACAGUUUAUCCCUCCUCCUAGACUCACUCCACGUCCAAACUUCCUUCCACAGGUUCGACCCAAGCCUGUGGCCCAGAAUAACAUUCCUAUAGCUCCAGCGCCUCCUCCCAUGCUUGCAGCUCCUCAGCUUAUCCAGAGGCCUGUCAUGCUGACCAAGUUUACACCCACAACCCUCCCCACAUCCCAGAAUUCCAUCCACCCUGUCCGUGUUGUCAAUGGACAGACUGCAACCAUAGCCAAAACGUUCCCCAUGGCCCAGCUCACCAGCAUUGUCAUAGCUACUCCAGGGACCAGACUCGCUGGACCUCAGACUGUACAGCUUAGCAAACCAAGCCUGGAGAAACAGACAGUUAAAUCCCACACAGAAACAGAGGAGAAACAAGCAGAGAGCCGUACCAUCACCCCACCUGCUGCACCAAAACCAAAACGAGAAGAGAACCCUCAGAAACUUGCCUUCAUGGUGUCUCUAGGGUUGGUAACACAUGACCAUCUAGAAGAAAUCCAAAGCAAGAGGCAGGAGCGGAAGAGAAGAACCACAGCAAACCCGGUGUACAGUGGGGCCGUCUUUGAGCCUGAGCGUAAGAAGAGUGCAGUCACUUACCUUAACAGCACAAUGCAUCCUGGGACUCGGAAGAGAGGUCGUCCUCCAAAAUACAGUGCAGUGCUGGGGUUUGGAGCCCUUACCCCAACAUCCCCCCCAUCCAGUCAUCCCGACUCCCCUGAAAAUGAAAAGACAGAGACCACAUUCACUUUCCCUGCACCUGUUCAGCCUGUGUCUUUGCCCAGCCCCACCUCCACAGACGGUGAUAUCCAUGAGGAUUUUUGCAGUGUUUGCAGAAAGAGUGGCCAGUUGCUGAUGUGUGACACGUGUUCCCGUGUGUAUCAUCUGGACUGCUUAGAGCCACCCCUGAAAACAAUUCCCAAGGGCAUGUGGAUCUGUCCGAGAUGUCAAGACCAGAUGCUAAAGAAGGAAGAAGCAAUUCCAUGGCCUGGAACCUUAGCCAUUGUUCAUUCCUACAUAGCCUACAAAGCAGCAAAAGAAGAAGAGAAACAGAAGCUACUUAAGUGGAGUUCAGAUUUAAAACAAGAACGGGAACAACUGGAGCAGAAGGUGAAAGAGCUCAGCAGUUCUAUAAGUAAAUGUAUGGAGAUGAAGAACACCAUCCUGGCGAGGCAGAAGGAGAUGCGCAGCUCCCUGGACAAGGUGAAACAGCUCAUCCGCCUCAUCCAUGGCAUCGACCUCUCCAAACCUGUAGACUCUGAGGCCACUGUGGGGGCCCUCUCCAAUGGCCCAGACUGCACCCCCCCUGCCAACGCCGCCUCCACACCCGCCCCUUCCCCCUCCUCGCAGAGCUGUACAGCGAACUGUAACCAGGGGGAAGAGACUAAAUAACAGAGCCCUCAAGGAGAUGCCACAGUCCUGGUGGCGAGGAGACUCUAGAAGAGCAAAGCCGGAUUUCUUCUGGAAAGUACAGAGUUCUUUUGGUUCUUUGGUUCCAGAGAGAGAGAAGAUGCUUGUGCCAGGUGGCACCUGAGUUUGCCAAUUGAUUGUUGUUAUUCUGUGUGUACAUGCAAAGACUGGACCAUGUUACAUGAAAUAGUGCCAGCUGGAGGUUCUUUGCCAGCACCAUGCCAAGUGACAUAAUAUAUUACUCUCUCGAUUAUACACCAGUGUGUGCCUGCAGCAGCCUCCACAGCCACGGUGGGUUCGUUUUUGUUUUGUUGGGUGGGGAGCAGGGACGGGCGGAGGGAGGAGAGCAGGUUUCAGAACCUUACUGGGAGCCGUUUGUUUAGGUAGAAAAGACAAGUCCAAAGAGUGUGUGGGCUUUCCUAUUCCUAAACUUUUCACUACCAUAAAACCAAAAAAUGAAAAAAAAAAAAGAAAAAAAGAAAAAAAGGAAAUAGAGAUUUAACUAACCCAGUGCCCAGAAGAGGGACGGGAAGGGCUGGGAGGGGGCUAGGGUGGGAAAGUAUAUGACAUAAGCAGUAUUUAACGUUCCUGGAGGGGCCUAGUGCAAGAGGAGAGCCCCGGCCCCUCCCCAGCUCGCCCUGCCCACAGCUCCUGCAGUCCUCCCCUCUGCUUGGUGUAGUGCACAGCCCCAGGUGGUUCCCUGCCUGGCUAAGCAGGGAAGGGAGGAUUCCAGGGGUCAGGAGGGAGGAAGGCGGAUCAGAGGUUUUACUUGAAAACAAGCUCCAUCCCUUUUCUAUAUUUAUAAGAAGAGAAGGUUCUGAGCAGAGCAGCACGACCCAGGUGUGUGUGAAUGGAGACGACCCUUUUCUCUUCUUCAAGUUUAUUUUUGUUUUUGUUCUUGUUUUGUUUAAACAAAGUUUUGUUUUGUUGUUUAUUUUACCUUUUUUUUUUUUUUUUUUUAACAAGAACUAAAAUAAGGAAUAGAAAAGCUGUUUUUCAGGCUGACGGUCCUGUUAAGGGUAGCGAGACCUUGCAUGAUAGAGUAGGUGUCCUAGUGUCAAGUGAGGUCGGUGAGUCUGUGUGUGUCCCGUGUCAUCAGUCAGGCACUGUUCUGGUUGGUUUGUUUUGUUUUUUAUUUUCUGGUUUUGUUUUCUGGCUUUGUUUUUUGUUUUUUCAUGCAAGGGCAAAAAAAAAAAAAUCUUUGUACCUGGGGAAAAAUACAACUUUUUUUUUAAUUAAAAAGGAAAAUAAAAGAUAUUGAGGUCUUCCUAGUGUUACUUAAAUUAAGAUCAAGGUAAGAAACAUUGUAAAAAUUACAAAAGUGCUAUUUGUUUCCUAAAAACAGUGAUUUUUAUUAAAAAGGUGUCAGAACUGGAGAAAAUG